GUUUUUUUUGCAAGAAUGUAGCCUGAUUAUAAUGGUAUUUAUUUUUUAUAUGACUAGGUUACUAGGUAAAACGUGUUUCUAAUAUGCUGCCACGUGUAAUGACACAAAGUACAGCAACAUCUUUAGGAUUUAGUAUGAUUUUUUAACUAGCCUAUAUUAUCCCAUCCCACCCAUUAAAUCAGUGUUUUAUCGGUGUCCUGAGAUAUAAUCCAAUAAAACCAAUAGAUGUGGCUGGUCUGUAGUCCACCUAGUGACAGCUGCUGUGUCUCUCUGCCCUCUGCUGUUCUAAUUAAAGACAUCUAAUCUACACUUUGGCAUUAUUCGAAGUGCAGUAGAAAUAACAUUACUUUGUAAAUGUUUCUAGGGGUAAAACGGGAAUAUAUGAAGCGCGUUUUCUUUACGUUUUGUCCAUCAGCGGACACCGUCGAGGUGAAACAAACAUUGCUGUUCCACUCUAAAUAUUUAACAGUAGCGUGUGUAGUAUAAAUAAUGUGUUCAAGGACUUUUGAAGGCUUUUGAUGAUGUCUUAAACAUGUGAAAUGUCUGUGUUGCGCAGAGCCAAAACAUGGGAAAUAUCUGACUCUGAGGAAAGCGACGCUGAGACAAAGCCCGAUUUAAACCGUGAUGAGGGCAGUCAAAUAGUAACAGUCAGCGCAGACUUUAUAGAGUAUCAGAGUUCAGACCAUAAGUGCAAAACCCUCCCAUCGUCAGCCAAAGAAAGCGAGUCAUGUCAAACUUCUACUUUGUCUCCCCCGCGACCAGAUGGAUGUGGCACACCAAGUCCUGCAAGAAAACGCCGAACCAAGGAGGAGAUAGAGGCGGACAGACAGACAGCCAGGGAGAGGAAGGAGGCGAGAGAGAGGCAGAGAGCUGCCAGAGCCCAGGAGAAGGAGGAGAGGAGACAGGAGCAGCAGAGGAGGAGAGAGGCUGCGGAGAACCUGAAGCGUCUCAGGCCAGAGAACUGCCUCAAGUGUCUGACUGUCUGCAUAGACCCAGCUCUUCUGCAACAGGAUGGCUCAGACAUCUUGCUGGACACCCUGGCUACCUUUGAGUGGAGAAUUGGCAUUGAGAGUCAGCAGCUCCCACGCAGCAUCGCCUGGACCAGAGAUCUACCUCAGGGAGAUGAUGGAAAGGGCUCGGUGGAGGAGGAGCAUGUGGUUCUGGUGCUGUGUCUGACCGACUUCAUGGACGUGGUGAUAUCUGUGAAGAAAAUGCUAGACAGUGAAGGGGAGGAGAUGGGGGUGGGGUCUUUCCUCAGUCCUCUUUUGGAGUGUCUCAACCGUGAUUCCAAGAAGGUGGUCACUCUCUUAGUGACAGACUCUGAGCCAGAUUACAGGACAGAUGCUCGUGGUGUGCAUUUACCAGAUGAGACGCUACAAUCCAAAUUGGGGAUGGAGGAUCUGGACAUCGAGGAGGUUCUUGUGUACCUACAGCUCUGCAAGAAUAUCUCACUGGUCUUCCUGGAUGGCUGGCAGGAGGUCACUAACCAUGUGUGUGCUGUCACCAAGGCCUUAUCAAAGCGCCCUUUCAAACUGCUGACAGAGCGAGCAGAGCUGCCCUUCUGCGUGGAUGGUUCGUGGGCCAGCGGGUUUCGGGUGGAGAGGGACGGCUCGGGGCUGAUCCAGGUCUGGAGCAAGCAGAUCCAACAGCUGAACAGAGUUAGCCCUGCCGUGGCCUCCACUGUGACCGCAGCCUACCCGUCUCCUCAGCUGCUGCUGCAGGCGUACCAGAGCUUGGGGUCAGAGGAGGACAGAAAGGGGCUGCUGUCUGGUCUCUUAGUGAAAAGCGGAGGUAAAGAGAGGCGUAUAGGGCCGGAGAUAUCAGCCAGAGUGUACCGCUGCUUCACAGCCCAGAACCCCCAGCUGGUCCUGGACUAAUGUGUCCACUUGAGAACGAGAUGGAUGGACGUCAGCGAGGAUUCAUUCGGCUUCUAAUGACACUUCGUCACCACUUGGCUGCUAAUAUGUUAAUGAUGAUGUUUACAAGCUAAAAAUAUGCCUUAGAUAUCAUGUUCACCUUCCAGUAAAGCACUAUUUAUACUCCAAACUUUCAACAGAUUCAAGGAACAGAAUAAAUUAAUAGAGUAUAUUUAGUAAAAUAAGGAUUUAUAUGAUGUGUAUUAUUUUGAUACAAUAUUCUGUUUAUGUAUAAAUGCAAGAUGUAUUUAUUGUUAGAGGGACCGCCAUGAACUACACGAUAUGUUUUGUUCAUGCCUAUAAAAAUGAGCUGCAACAGAA